AGUUUUCUUGCAUGUUUCUUUCAUGCUCCCGUAAAAUCUCGCGACACACAUUUUCUGCUGGCCAUCGGAUUACUAGUCGCGAACGAUUUUCCUCUUCUGUCGGUCGGGUACGCGGUGUGUGUACAUAUUUUCUGUUUAGUGCCGAAAAAGUAAAGUGACAAGCUUUCCGCAACGUAUAGAAAAUGAACACCCGUGGCUUGCUGCAGAGAGGUUUUCGGAUCAUCAACGGCAAGAAGAUCUUGGCCGCAGCGACCACCGCCCGACAGUUCAGUUCCGCCGGCAGCCCCAUCACCAGUGGCUGCUGUGUGCAUUGUCGGCCUUUCGGCGAUCCAUCCGGUUCCCCGGCAGCUCUCUUUGCCACCGACAAACAACGGAGCAAAGGUACCAACAUCGUCCAGACGAGAUCAAUCAGCACCAGCAAUGUGCUGCUGAAGAAGGAUUACUACAGCGUACUGGGUGUAGCGAAGAAUUCAUCGGCGAAGGAAAUCAAGAAAGCGUACUACCAAUUAGCGAAGAAAUACCACCCGGAUACGAAUAAGGGUGAUCCGGACUCUAGUCGGAAAUUUCAGGAUGUUUCCGAAGCGUAUGAGGUGUUGAGUGAUGAUACCAAGCGACGCGAAUAUGAUACGUACGGUCAAACAUCGGAGCAGAUGGGUCGGUCCGGUGGUGGUCCCGCCAAUCAUGGUCCGCAAGGGUUCUCGCAGAACUGGCAGUUCCGUAGCACGAUCGACCCGGAGGAGCUGUUCCGGAAGAUUUUCGGCGACGGAGGUUUCAAGGCCGGAUUUGAUGACUUCUCCGACUCGCGGUACGGAUUUGGUGGAGCCCAGGAAGUGAUGAUGAAUUUGACCUUUGCCCAGGCGGCACGAGGUGUUAACAAGGAUAUCGACGUCAAUGUGGUGGAUACUUGUCCGAAAUGUACUGGCUCGCGCUGUGAACCGGGUACCAAACCGGGCAAGUGUCAGUACUGCAAUGGAACGGGAAUGGAAACGAUUUCGACGGGACCGUUCGUGAUGCGCUCGACCUGUCGGUACUGUCAGGGAACGAGAAUGUACAUUAAGUAUCCGUGCUUGGAGUGCGGUGGCAAGGGACAGACAGUUCAGAGGAAACGGGUCACCGUUCCGGUGCCGGCCGGUGUUGAGGACGGGCAGACGGUGCGGAUGAGCGUUGGCAAUAAGGAACUGUUCAUCACGUUCAACGUGGAAAAAAGCCGUUACUUCCGCCGCGACGGUUCCGACGUGCACACAGAAGCAAACAUUUCCCUAUCGCAGGCGGUGCUGGGCGGUUCGAUACGUGUGCAGGGCGUGUACGAAGAUCAAACCAUCCAGGUGGUACCGGGCACGUCGUCGCACACCCGCGUCUGUCUCCGCGGCAAGGGUCUGAAACGGGUCAACAGCUACGGCACGGGUGAUCACUACGUCCACAUGAAGAUUCAAAUCCCGGCCAAGCUGAACAAAAAGCAGAAAGCAUUGAUACAGGCCUACGCCGAGCUGGAAGAAGACACCCCCGGUCAAAUCAUGGGCGUAACACACAAAACUGACGGUAAGUCUUCAUCAGGUUCUGGGUCAUCUUCGUCGUCGUCGUCGUCGUCAUCUUCUUCCACACCCAAUUCCUCUUCCUCUGCUUCGUCGCCGUCGUCAUCGUGGUCGUCCAAUUCUUCAUCCCGUUCCCAAGAGAGUACCGAGGAAACCAUCUCGGACAAGUUCACCCAGCGUUCGAACGAAGAUGACGAUUACAAACCGCACGACAAAACCGGUUCGCAAGACUACAAGAAAGACCAACUGGGAGGAUCGCGGUUCUACUUUGGACUUGGGAUUACCUUGGUCUUUAUGUGGUACAUAUACUACAGCUACCAGCAACUUCCGCACCAGCUGGAGAUGGAACGGGAUGCAGCACUGGAAAGGCAACGACGGGCCGGACAGACGCCGCAGGCCCAGUCGAAUCCCUUCGAUGAAGCCUAAAAAAACGGAGGCGUGGGUUUUGGUCGAGUGAAAAAGUGGAUGCUUUUAUUGUUUUAUGAAUGGAUUGCGUUUGGUUAGCGAUAGAAACGUUGAUCUAACGACGAUUGUUAAGUGGUUUUUCGAAUGCAAGUGCUGACAUGGAGAAUUCAAAAUUCGAACGUCUCUUAGAAUGUAAAUAAUGAUGAACAAAUAGGUGCAACAACAAUUGAUGCAAAAUAAAAAAAAUUGGUACAAUGCAACUUGCAUUAUAGGAACACACUUAACAAUCGUUGU